AUGAUACAUAAAAGAAUAGGUCUACAAAAUACAGUAUUAUUGACGGGCAAGGAUUUUAAGCUUUACACACCUUUAUCUUUUACUCUUGCAAGUACUCAAUUAACUGGACUACAUCAUAUAAUCUUACACAAUUUCUUAGUAUUUCAUCCCUAUCAAUUGGGACUUUCACAAGCACCACCCAAACCUCGUAUAUCUAGUCCUUUGCGUAUUGAAAAACAAUUAAAGAAGCCACCCCACUCUGAGUCCUUACUCUCAAGGCAUCAAUACAAGAAACCGGAUAGAAUACAGAGUUCCUUGAGCCCCUACAAGACCUGGUUACCAAAGCCCACAGAGUCGCUAUACAUACCUACGCACUUCUCAGAUAUGAAAAUCAAUGGUGCAUUAAUUAGAUGUCUACUUUGUAAGCAUGAAUCUGGUCUUUGUUUGUUUGAUACACUUAGUAUUUCCAAGCACUAUCUUUCGUGCUCUCGGCUUUACCUUUAA